CGGAAGUCGAAUAAAAAGCGGGAUAUUUGUCAUUCUUGCAAGUAUUUCUAGAUUUUCAAGUGAAUAGAUGGUAGAAGCAUGAGCACAAAGAAGAAUAUUUUCUAUGGGUCGGAGGAUUGUUGUGGAUUCUGUGGGGGUGGAUCAGAGACGCAAAAUAUUUGCGGGACUCUGUUUGCUUCUAAAGGAUGUGUUGCACACAAAAAAUGCAUGCAAUACAGCUCAAAUUUGGCACAGUAUGAGAGUGAUAUGGGAUUUGGAGGUUUCGAAAUCGACGAAGUCCAGAAAGAAAUGAGAAGAAGUCAUAAGUUGACAUGUUUUAAAUGCAAAGCUGAGGGUAAUACACAUGCCAAGCGGGCCAGUGCUGGGUGUGCCUUUGACAAAUGUGCCAAAUCUUUCCAUUAUUUCAGACAUGUUUUAAAUGCAAAGCUGAGGACAUGUUUUAAAUGCAAAACUGAGGGUAAUACACAUGCCAAGCGGGCCAGUGCUGGGUGUGCCUUUGACAAAUGUGCCAAAUCUUUCCAUUAUUUCUGCGCCUCCCAGGAUGACAAUUGUAUAGCUGAUCGCAUGGUGUGCACUUUCAAGAGGAAAAAUGAGAAGAAAAAGAGAACAGAGGUGCAUUACAGGAUAUUCUGUGGAGAUAAGCACAAAGAGAUGUAUAUUAACUUACUGAAAAGGAAAGCUGCAAACAAAGGCGAGGAAAUGACUGUUGAAUGUGAUACGCUAUCAGAUGACGAAGAUGAUGUUAAUAAUGAUGAUAUUCCCAAGAAAAAACUUGUGAAAACCACCAAAAAGCUGAUGCCAGCCUCUAGUGAAUCUGACAUUGGUGAAUCGAUGAAAAAAACAAAAACAUCAAAAAGGGUUUCAGAUCAGUUUGAAAUUGAAGGAAUUGAGGCGUUUAGUACUAGUGCUAACUCUAGUAAUGAUGAUUCGGAUGAUGAAAAACAUCCUAAAAAGCCACGGGCCACAAAAUCAAGAAAACGACAAACAGACGGGUCAUAUUCUCCUGUGGCUAAGAAACCCAAGCGUGAUGAAAGUUCUGACAUAAGUGAUGAACAGUCUGCAUCAUCAUCGAAAAGGCUGUCAUCAAAACAACCAGAAAAAGAUGUUUCGAAAACAAAAGAUGUCAAAAAGCCCACGAAUGACAAGAAUCUGGAGGGAGGUUUUAAAAAGAAAGCUGUGAAUGAUGAAUCACCAACAAUCAUAAAUGAUGGAAAAGGUGACAGACUAAAAAAGAAGAUGGUGGAAAAUGAGAGCAACAAACGGCCUGUAGACAUGAAAGAAAUGGCCCUGUGCUUGGUCGAUGACACCCGUGCCCCAAACUUUGCCAUAGAUAUCCGUGAAACAGUCCAGAGCAUGGUCCAUGCCAACUAUAACCUCAAUGGAGAUUCUAUUGCUCUCUAUACAGAGACUUCUCGGUACCAGUUUGUGUCUGGUGAGAAGAUUCUUUUCUUCAUGGAAGAUAUUGCACGAGCACUUGUCAGAUUAAGCGAGGAAGGGACGAGUGACAAGUUGAAGGAUCUCAUCCUAAAUGUUGAUGGCAAAGUCAAGAAAGAUUACGCCUUCAAGGUUGAAGCUAAAAACAAUUAUAAGGACUUUAGUAAGAAGAUCGAAAAGCAGAUCCGCUGUGAUAUUGUUACAAAAAUGGAAAAAACAAAGGAGACAUUAGCAUCAAAACUUUCUGCACCAAAGGUUGGCAAUCUCCACCUAUUACAAAUGGAGGGUGCGGAAAAAAUGAAAAUGUACGUGUUAGUGAUCAUCCUAAAUAAAAUAACUGAUAGCGAUGGUGGAAUUAGACGGUGGUUGAAGUCUGGGGAGAAAGACCCUGUUCAAAGCUCCCCCUAUUAUCAAUGGACACCAAGCACGACAUUCACGUCGGGUCUCCCCUAUAGUAACAAAAACCGUGCAUUUCAUGAGGAGGCAACACGGAUCAAAAAAUGCCUGAGCCAGAAAUUAGGCGAUGGAUACGAAGUAGAUGUUUUGCCCAAAGAUGAGCUGAUUCAAGAUAGCACCAAAUCUGCAUCGCCAGCCAUGGUUGCAACUCAGAUGCAUCUGAUGAGCCAAGGGGCUGAGGAUGGAGACAGCAUUAACUUGGUGGGGGUGACAGUCAUCCAACCACUAGAUUCAAAGAUUGUACAUCAGUAUACAUACAUUAAGAAAGCAAUCACAAAAGCUGUAGAAGACUCUAGUACAAGUGCUUUCUUGAUAGAUGUUUCAUAUUUGAAAGAAUUAGAAGGUUUAAAGUCGAUUAUUCCCGAUUCGGUCACCAAAGACGUUCAAGUAUUUAGCGCAUAUAAUCCUGAGCAGCAGCCAAUCACGUGUGUACUGGUAAUUUUAAAAUUGUAAAUUUUUCCCAGUGAAGUCAUGUUUUAGCAGAAAUGUAGAAUGACCUGGUGUCGUUGUGUAUAUGUAUUGGUAAAAAGUUAUAGGUGUAUAUAGAAAUUAUUUCUGAUAUACAGGGUGUCCCAAA